CUUCCAACACGGUAGCAAGGGGGCAGGGAAGGCGGGAGAAGCGCAAGAGAAGACGUGUGUGAGAGUGUCGCAUCUUUUGCACAGACACCAUCACGAGCGUAGGCACAGGAUAACUUUCAUUUGGUCAUGAGCUGGCCUACAAGCAACCCGCCGCAACAGCAGCCGCCGUCGGCGGCAUAUCAUCAGUCGGGCUCGACAUCGGACAUGGGCUCGGAUGAGUUCUCGUCAGACGAGUCGUACUCGCGCUCGGCGGGGACCAACCAUUCGCCACGACCGGGCCAGCAUGCGAGUGGCUACGGAUCACCGAGCUCGCCGAGUUCGCCGCCGAAGGCCUCACACUCGUCAGCGUCGUCGUCGAUCUCGUCGGCGUCGUCGUUCUCGGAUCAUGCUGCCCCGCCGCCAGCUUAUCAGGCAGGUCCGAGUACUGGUGGUGGUGUUAAUGGAGGUGGCGACAUGGCGCCGCCGCCAGCGUAUGAUGCUGGCGUUGCGGGCGCUGGCGGCGGCAAGGGCAACGGCUCGGCGCCAGCCAAAGUGCCGGCGGCGGUGACCAAGCACCUCUCGUGCCCGCUGGUGAUGGCAACAGGUGGAAGCAUGUUUGGCAUUGACGCUGUGGAUGUCAUGGUCGAGUGCCACAUUGCGACUGCCGUCGUCACUGUCCGGGCCGCUUUUGUCAACGUCGGGAAGAGCGCAGUGGACGCCGCGUUCCUGAUGCCCAAGGAUCCCGAGGCAACAGUUUCUGCGGCGCAGGUGCAGAUUGGGCGCGACCGGGUGCUCGAGACGCUCGUGUUGCCCAACGAAGAGGCCAAUGCAAUCAAGGAGGAGCAGGAUCGAUUGGUGGGGCAGGCCAACGGCGGCGGGGCCAGCGGAGCCGGGAACCCGUACAGUCUGGGUGGCAGCGGCAGUGCGAGAGCCGAAGGCGACUCUGAGGACGCUGUGCUGCAACGGUUGAUGACAAACCCGUUUGUGUUUGUCAUGCCGUUUACCAAUGUGCCUGCCGGCGAGACCGUUGUGGUGACGGUGACGUACCUGGAGGACCUGGACGUGGAGGCCGGGGCGUUUGUGCUCCGGGUCCCGCUGGCGGUGCCCGAGCAUCUCUUGCUGCGCGGCUCUGUCCGUGAAGCAAUCAACAUCGGGGUGACGAUCAACGCAGGAACCCCGUCGUCGUCAUGGGGCUCGGCGUCGCAUGUUAUGCAUGUGGAGAGCGAGAGCGAAUCGCACAUUGUGCUCUCGCUCGACAAGAACUCGGGCCCGGUCUCGAACCGCGACUUUGAGAUUUCUUACUCGGUGUGGAACAAGGACAUUGUAGCGUCGCUUCUUGUGGAGGACGGUGACGGCGCGGCGUAUGACCCGCGGCCGUCGUUCUCGCUCUUUGUGGCACCGCCGGCGAUGGAUGAGCUGGCGGGCACGUUUCGGCGCAACAUUGUGUUUGUGGUCGACCGGUCGGGCUCGAUGGGCGGCUCACCGAUGCGGUCUGCGCUAGAGGCGGUGCGGAGCGGGCUCGACUCGCUCACACCGUAUGACAUGUUCAACAUCAUUGCAUUUGACUCGGAGCUUGCGGUGCACUCGCAGGCGAUGGUGGCAGCAACGCCGGAAUCGUGCGAGGCGGCCAAGGCGUGGCUCAACACGGUCGACGCGCGCGGGCUGACCGACAUCGAGUCGCCGCUGCGGUUCGCGGAGAAGAUGCUGAGCGACGUGGCUGGCCUCGCCUUUGUCUUUCUCGUCACCGACGGGGCAGUCUCCAACGAGCGGCAGAUUUGCUCGACGCGGACGAAGCGGAGCCACAUUCGCUACUUUACCAUGGGCAUCGGGCCGUACUGCAACAUGUACUUUCUCAAGCAGCUGGCGAUCCUGGGGCGCGGGUACUCGGCGCGGGUCUUUGCGGCGUCGGAGAUCGAGCCACAGAUGAAGCGACUGCUGGCGAUUGCGUCGGUCCCGGUCCUGGCGGACGUCUCGCUAGCGGUUGCCGGCACCGACGUGGAAGUGUACCCGGAGCCUGUGCCGGACCUGUACUGUGGCGCGCCGAUCGUAGUGUCGGGCAAGUACACUGGCGAGCUGCCCCGUGUGCUCAAGCUGACCGGCCGGACGCCGUCCGGGGAGUUCCGGACGCUGGCGGUGACGGCGACGCGGUCGGCGUACGUUCCGGUCUCGCGCAUUUUUGCAAGCAGCGACUGGUGCAUUUGACGGCCCGGGCGUGGCUGGCCGACUCGGACGCCGACGUUGAUGCCGUGGUGCGGACGUCCGUGUCCGAGAACAUGGCGUGUGAGCACACGUGCAUGGUGCUGUACGAGCCGGAUCCAGCGCGCAAGGCUGAACAGAGCGAAAUGGCCGAGACGCGGCGGCGGGACGGCGAGAGCGGCGACGGACGGCGGCGCCAGAAGAACCACAACGGGGCGCUGCUGGCGGGCAUGGCCGUCGGCGGCGUUGCCGCCAUCGUCCUGCUCGGCAGCCCUGUGGCGCACUUUGGCAACGUAGCGGCGACUAUGUCGAAUCUCUCGGUGGCUGACGCGCUCGGCGACAUGGUCUCGAGCAUGGGCGACGCGUUUUCAGCCGUGGGCGACGCGUUUGGCCAGGUCGGUGACGCCGGCGGCGACGCAUGCGGCGACUGCUGCUCAGGCGACUGCUGCUCGUCCAUCUGCGACACGCUCGGCAACUUUUGCUCAUCGAUCGGCGACUGCAUCACGUCGAUCUGCGAGUUUUCAUGCAAUGCGUGCUCAGAGCUCGGCGAGUGCGCUGGGGACUGCGAUGGCGGCGACUGCGCUUGCUGAUAUCUCGCGUGGCUCACCGCCAAACUGCUGUGGGAGUGGUUGAUGGGUUGGUGGUAGGUGUGACGGCAAUGACACGUGGACGCCGCGUCACACGCCACCUCCCACCGCCAUUGGCCGCAAGUACUACC